CUUGGACAACCAUACAAGUGGACCAACCAACGACAUUACUUACCUCGCUUAUAACUCCUAACCAAUAAUUUGAGCGAAGUUUCCCACACACAAAAGACAACACAACAUGUUAAUACUUGUAAUCCAAAACCAAAAUCCUUCAAUGCAACCAAAAAUCAAUUGAGUAAAGAAACACAUUAAUCAUUGUCCAAUUCAGCAAGCCUAUUAUUCCAAUUCAUUAAUAAAAAUAUUAAUUUAAACGAUACCAUGCUUUAUUGUAUUAAAUCCCAUCAACAUAUUCAUUACCAAAGACAUAAUCAAAGAAGAGGAAGAACUAGGAAUUCUUCUUCUUCCUCUUCUUCUUCUCCCCAUUUUCUUCUUUGAUUUAAAAGAAAAUGGGUUCUGAGGUCUCCAAACAAAUCGAAAAACGAAGGACAAUCCAAACAGAAGAGAAAACUUUGUCUGUUCUAAAAAACUUAUUAGGAGAAAACUACCCUGGCUAUGAUUACCACCCUUCAGACAGAAAAAAUUGGAUGUCUAAUCUCAACCCUGAGAAACUUAAGAUCAACAUGAUAGUUUGGCCUGGAACCCAUGAUUCUGCAACCAACAAAAUUGGCAUACCAGGUAUAUCUCGCCCUUUUGCCCAAUGUCAAUACUUAUCCAUCUACCACCAACUUGUGAGAGGAACAAGAGUAUUCGACAUUCGCGUGCAGGAGGAUCGAAGAGUUUGCCACGGAAUUCUCCUCACAUACAGCGUAGACAUUGUCAUCAAAGACAUCAAAAAGUUCUUAUCAGAAACCGAGUCUGAAAUCAUCGUUCUCGAGGUUAGAACUGAGAUCGGACAUAAUGAUCCGUUAGAAUUCGAUAAGUAUCUUGAAGAACAACUAGGUGAGUACCUGAUUCACCAAGAUGAUUCUGUUUUUGACAAGACUAUUGCAGAUGUGUUACCAAAAAGAGUUAUAUGCGUUUGGAAGCCGAGAAAAUUGGAACAACCGAAAGCUGGAAGUAGCCUUUGGAGUGCAGGGUAUCUAAAAGAUGAUUGGAUCAAUACAGAUUUUCCAGCAACAAAAUUUGAGAGCAAUAUGAAGUAUUUGAGGGAACAAGAACCUGUUGUGUCAAGAAAAUACUUCUAUAGAGUUGAGAAUACUGUUACACCUGUGCCAGAUAACCCGGUUUUGUGUGUGAAACCUGUCACACAACGAAUUCAUGGAUAUGCAAGGCUUUUUAUUAGUCAGUGUUUCUCCAAAGGGUGUGGUGAUAGAUUGCAGAUAUUUUCUACGGAUUUUAUAGACAUAGAUUUUGUUGAUGCAUGUGUUGGACUCACCCAUGCAAGGGUUGAGGGUAAAGCAUGAAAGAAAGUGUUGUUUAAUACUUCUGCAUAGUGUAUAUAAGCAACAGUUUAUGAUGUGGUGCAUAUUUGUGUAUAUAUUAUUUAUUGCAUGCAUUAGUUGUUGAAAAUAGUGGAUACUAUAACAAAGUUAGCCUCCCUAUUCAUCCUUAAAAGAAAGAAAAAUAAAUUCUUGAUAGGUUAUCAAAAACCUCUUUUUGUAAUGCAACAAUCUCACACUACACAGAAUGCAAUAUACUUAACCAUAAAA